AUGGUCAGGACGUGGGCAACUGUUAGCUGUGGUCACAGCGUGGUGCCUGAGGAAACCCAGCGCUUGCUGGCAGAGCCAGUCCCUGGGAUAAAAGCAGAGCCAGAUGAAAGCAACGCACGUUAUUUUCACGUGGUCAUUGCAGGUCCACAGGAUUCCCCCUUUGAGGGUGGGACAUUUAAACUUGAACUAUUCCUUCCAGAAGAAUAUCCAAUGGCAGCUCCUAAAGUACGUUUCAUGACCAAAAUUUAUCAUCCUAAUGUAGACAAGCUGGGAAGAAUAUGUUUAGAUAUUUUGAAAGAUAAAUGGUCCCCAGCUUUGCAGAUUCGUACAGUUCUGCUAUCAAUCCAGGCUUUGUUAAGCGCUCCCAAUCCAGAUGAUCCACUAGCAAAUGAUGUAGCUGAGCAAUGGAAGACCAAUGAAGCCCAAGCCAUAGAAACAGCCAGAGCAUGGACUAGGCUAUAUGCCAUGAAUAAUAUUUAAAUGCGCUUUGAACAUCAAGUGUGCAUCACUUCUCCUGUUCUGCCAAGACCUCUUCCUUUUUUGUUUGCAUUUAAUGGACACAGUCUUAGAAACAUUACAGAAUAAAAGCCCAGACAUCUUCAGUCCUUUGGUGAUUAAAUGCACAUUAGCAAAUCUGUGUCUUGUCCUAAUUCACUAUUGUACCGCAUGAGCAGAGGCUAGAAGUAUCAUCUGGAUUGUUGUGAAAUUGUUUAAAAGCAGCAGCACAUUUCUGCUUUUAAUCAUUUUUCCCAUCAUGGUUUAAGUAUAAGCACUGUGAAUGAAGGUAGGCAGGGUUAGCUGCGGGGCUUUUUGUUUUAAUUUUGUGGGCUCCUCCUCCCUUUUUAUGGUGAUGCUAAUUGCAUUGGUAAAAGCAGCUAACCAGUUAUACUUUAGAAUAUACCCUCUAGCCCAGUCUAACUUAGACGCUGUAGAUGGACAAGCUUCAUUGUUUGAACAAAAAAUGGGAACAUUAAACAUCCAUCACCUUCACUAAUAAUAUUGUGAUUCUGCUGUCAAGUGUAGAAAAAAAAAAAUCCCUCCAAGAAAAAGCUUGUGACCAUUUUGUAUGGCUUGUCUGGAAAAUCUCCUGUAAAUCUUAUGUUUUAGUAAAAUAUUUUUUGUUAUUCUACUUUGCCUUUGUACAGUUUAUUUUGCUGUGUUUUCAUUUCUCUAAUGUGACAAUCGUAUUUAAAAAAAAUAAUAAUUGAAACCAGAAUUGACGGUUUGUCUUCACCAGUCUGACAGAUUAAACAUUUAAGAGGUGGAAUUCACAAAUUUUUUUUUUGCUUCUGUUUGCUGAUUAUUUUUUUUUUUUUUCCUUAGCUUGUGUUAUGUGGGUGACCUUUCCUGGCCAACUUAAUACAAAAUCCCAUUUGGAGUGACUUUUAGAAACAAGUCUUUGUAACUGUAAUUUUAGUAGUGCAUUGAUAUACAUUUUCAUGGAAAUAAGGAUAAGUAGGAGGUUGAGAGCAAACGACAGCACUAAUUGUGAGUAUCUGCAUAACUUCUCUUUGCUGAUUGUCAUCAGAUGUUAGGCUACACACUUUUUCUAACUUCUUUAAUUCCUGUCCUCUAUUAACAUGAAAUACCAGUGUGUAGAACCACUGUUACAGCCAGCUUGUGUAUUUACUGAUGUUCGCUUAACCACUUAGAGCUAGCGCCUCAUACCACUGGUUUUCUCUACAAGCCUUAUUAAGCUACUUGCUCGAGCAACUGGUCUGCUUAAAUAGCAGCAAAGCUUCUUUAUUGGAGGGAAGGACAGUGAUUUAAAGAACUUCCUUCUCAUCCUUGUUUUUUGUGUAUGCGUUGUCUGGGAGUCCAGCAUCUUUUCUGGGAACCCAUCUUUUUGCUUCCCUUAAUUUCUUGUAUCCCUAUUCUCCUCCUUUCACAUGCCUUCUCCCUCACAAAAAAAAAAAAGUUUUUUUAAAAAAAAAUCUUCAAAGCUUUUGGCAAGGCCAACUUGAAGUGUAUCAAUGACAGCUUGCAGUGGUUGCAGUAGGGAGUGUUUUGUCAUGGGGUAUGGUUAUGUAGUCCAUUGGUAUUCUCCCUCUUUCACCUCUUCUUACUCUGGUGUUAUCUGAAAUUUCUAUAGAAUGUGGUGUAUUUAUUGUGCUCUUAUGUAAGAUGAAGAAUAUCUAUUAAAACGACGUUUUUUCCAACAGACAGCGCUUUCAGUGGUUAGUAACCGGUAUUGUUCCCUCUAAGUACUCCUUGUAACAUGGUUGAAGCUUGGUUCAGAAUUCAACUCUUUCACUUUUUGAGCUAAACGCCCUGUUUUAAAAGUAAUUUCUGUGUUGAAUGUAAGCCAAAGUUGCAUUCAGGGCUUGUAACAAACUGUUUGUUGGUCAGAGUGGGUAAGCACCAUUGACCCUGCCUUCCUGUUAGAAAUGAGGGUGGGUUUAGCUGGCUUAGGUCCCUGUGUGCUGGUAACACCUAUGGGCAGCUCCCUGGCAGGCAGCUGAGAAUACGUGAGGCAGACUCUGGAUUCCCUUCACCUACCUCUUAAAGCUUUACCUUACACUAAGUAUAGAUUUUUGUGGCUCCUCCUCUAGGCCAAGGCCCAGUGGCACAUCCCGAGGUCAGGCAGGCCUACCUAAGCCCCCGCCUUUGACAGUGGCUUUCCCUUCCUUCCCUAGAGAAACAGGACCCCAACUGGCACUUGGACAGUUUAACUUCCAAAGAGGUGGGGAUGAAUCCAGACCCAAGGUCAUUCAGCAGCUGCCUGUAGGUAUUUGUAUGUUCCAGGCUUAAAACUCAGCUGGAGUUGGCAGCUAAUCGGAGGAUGUAAUUAAAACUCAAGUUCUUGAUGGAAUAUUGUUAAUGUAUUAAUAGAAAAAAAAUCCUCUGCCUCCAUUUGUUAGUGACUGAACAAAGUGGAUUAUAGAAUUGUUUGAGUACACAGUAGCCAGUUUGUGUCUGGGUUCUUUUUUUAACUAUCAUCUCAACAAAUUUGAGAUUAUUAAAGAAGUUCACACUGUCUUCAGUUUGAAUGUGUAAGUCCGUAGUGAUGGUAUAUCUGAAAUUAAUGGUGUAAAACGAUAGGCAAAGUACUGUAUUUUAAAACACCUCAGAGUAUUUUCAAAUGGUAGUUGUAACGAAAGAAAUUUUAAAUGGGCUCCCUAAAAAGUGGGAUUUAUUUGUUCUGGUGUCUGUCCAAGCAUAUUUUAAUCAUUUUACAGUUGAUCUAAUAUAUAUUAAAUAAUGUGUAUUUAACUUUUAAACCUGAUUUAAGAGCCCUGUAUAAAACCAAGCUGGGAAUUUCAUUCUGUCUUAUGUUUGGGCAUGUGUGAAACUUUGAGACUAAAUUCUUUGAAGCCAGUUAGAUGCAGCUUUUUCCCCAAGUGAAGCAGGUGUUUAUUGACAGCUGUUACCUGAAACUCAAAGCUACUUUUGUUACAUCUCCCAUUAGAGCUGGGCAGCAAAUGCAGGUAUCUUUUAGGCAGCGUUAGCUUUACCUGCAUUUUUAGUGGCUCUCCAUGGGAUAAAUUUACCGUAAAUUUACAAUAGAUGGGUUUCCUCAAGCAGUGCUGGUGCUCUGUGUCAAAAGUCCUGAAAUCCUGAGCGAGAGUGGUGACAUUGCGGUUGUAUGUCCGUGUCUGGGUAGUAAUGGUGUAGCUGUUGAGCACGUGGACUCUAAAACCACCCAUGCAAAGUCCUUUCAUGGUAGGCUCCUUUAGAUGAAGAGGAGGAUUGGGAAGGUGUUGCAUUUUUGCAGAACCAUUCAUUGGUGGUCUCUUAACGUGUAGCCACGUUCCAUCAGGGGUGUGAAGCGUAUCAUCGUGGGGAACCGAUGGAACAGGUCUUCUGUAUCUCAGCUGGCUUUAGUCUAAACCACGUGAACCGUUGCUUCUGUAGCUUUCAAGAAAGUGUAUUUUCAACACAUUGAGUUUAUUGUGAAACAUCUUAAUGGACUAGUAACAUCAACAAUUGUGACAUCUCGAUUUAUGUACAUUCCUUCUUGGGAUUUUUUUUUUUUGAGGGUUACUCUUAAAAGUAAAAUGUCUGGUAGGUUUUGUCAAUAACAUGUCUUGACUGUAAUGUGAUAUGACACUGAAAUAAAAGGAAGAGUGAUUAUUCA